CUGCAAACACCACGGUACUUUUUAUAUUGCAGGUGCGAUUUUGGGUGGAAAGGGUUGUUCUGCUCAGAAUGUGUGCCUUUGGCUGGUUGCCAAAAUGGAUACUGUCGCACAGCUCAUCAAUGCGAAUGUUUUUCCAACUGGGGAGGUGUACUCUGCAACAUAGAUCUGGAUUACUGCUCCAAUCAUAAGGACGUGUGCAAGAAUGGUGGUAUAUGCCUUACCGAUGAUUCCACUUUAUACAAAUGUAACUGUACCGCAGAAUACUAUGGCAGGAAUUGUGAACGACGGAAAGAAUUGGAUUGUUCCAUGCUAGAUUGUGGAGCAGGGAAGUGCGUGAUAAUUGAAACACCACAUUGCGAAUGUCCUUCUGGUUAUGUUGGUGCUCACUGUGAGUAUUUCGAGAGUGAACGCAUUCACAGAACUAUACAAGAAAACAGAGAUUCGAAGCCUUCUUUCCGAAUAGAUGUCUUACUCAUCAGCAUUGCUAUACUAAUUCUUGCUGUCUGUCUCGCAGUUAUCAGUGUUUUGAUCAGAUUUAUUUGCGAGAAGUUAGAAUUCAUUCAAAAAGAGGGACAGUCGAUCCCUUUCUACUCAGCACACUGGGUGGCUGCCGAGGUUCAUCUUCGGGGGAGACAUUCACGAUCUUCUUCUCCUCCGCCCACUUACGAUACCGGCCAAAGUCGUUCACCUUGCAAAUCGUGGCUGAAGAGCAAUACAGACCUCCUGGAGGAAGUAACGGUCUAG